UACGGAGAUGUGAAGUCAACCGUUUGUUGUGUUGCGUCUUGGAGAUCCGAAGAUAGAUGAAAACCACAUUUAUCGUUUAACUCGUUAUCAAUUUUUGGAAAAGUAACUCAAGUCGCGCGUAUUACGUGGAAUGGCUGAAUUGGAAGAGGAGCUGAUAGGAGAUGAUUUAGAUUAUGAAUAUGAUCUAGAUGAAGAGGAAGAGGAGGCCCUCUUAGCUGGUGAAGUUUCUUCUCAUGGGGUUGCUGUUGAAGAUAUAAUAGAAUUCAAAGUAGAUGAUGAAUUUGGUGGCGAAGAGGAUGGAGGUCAGAUUACCCAUACUAAAAGCGUACAUAGUAGAUUACAUGGUGGCCCUAACAGACUACAGGCUUCAGGAAGACUACAAGCUCCUAAUACAUUGUAUGAAGAUGAUGACCUACAAAACAGAAGACAAACAGGUAGAUUACAACCGCCCACCUCUGUCUAUGAUGAAGAAGAAAUGCAUCAAAAUAGAUUGCAAUCAUCUGGAAGAUUACAGCCCCCCAACACUGUGUAUGAAGAAGUACAACAGAACAGGUUGCAAUCAUCAGGAAGAUUACAGCCGGCAAACACAGUAUAUGAAGAGGAGGAAAUUCAAGAAACCUAUGAUUCAUCUAUAAAUGAUGAGCCAGUGCCAGUACAUAUCCAAAUUGAAACUCAAAAUAUUAUAGAGGAAGAGGAGGAAGAGGAAGAAGAGGAAGAAGAGGAGGAGGAAGAUGAUGGGAGAGGACGUGACAGAUUUAAAAGUGAGAGAUGUAAAACGUCUCUUGUAAAUACUGCAGUUAAACGUGUCAUUCCUGAUUCUCUUGACCAAGUUCAAGUUAAGGAUCAAGUAAAUAUGCAAAGAAAUCAGAGAGGUGGUAAACAUCGAGGUCGAGGCGGACCGCCACCACAAAUGAGGGGAGCAAUGAGAGGUGGUCCUAGGGGUGGUCGAGGUGGCAUGGUCCCUCCUUAUGGAUGGCCAGGUCCCAGAGGGUCUGCCCCUUGGCAGAACACUCAACAUUCUACCCUUAUGAUGAAUCCAACCAACCGAAUGAAUCUCCCUGGAAACAAUAUUGCACAUGGUCGUGGAGGUGGGAUGCCUAAUAUGGGUCGGCCAAAUAUAUUUUCUUUAUUUGGACCUGGUCCACCUUCGCAGGGACAAAAUCCUGGUAGUUUCUCCUUGAUGGGAAAUUUACCGGUAGGUAUUUGGAGCUCAGGUGUUGGCCCUUAUAGUGGACCAUCUAUUCUCUCGCAUUUAUUACCAAGACCACAAAUUCCACCACCUGAUGAUAUGCGUAAUAUGAUAAAGAAACGUGGUAUGAAUGAUGUUAUGCAGGGGUCUCCAAACAAACAAAUGAAGAUGAAUCAGGGACCAAUUAAUAACCAACACCAACUGUUACCACAACAUGGGGGAAUGGCCAAAAAAGCACCAAUUACAUCCCGGUUAUCCAUGCCAGCGCCAAAUAUCAAACCUGCGCAACCACCAUCAAAUGUCAAUCCAAAUCUGACAACUAUAAAAACAGUUGAUAUUAACACUAUCCAAGAAAAUCAAGGGCCUAAAUCUCAACAACAGAGUCAAGGGUCUAAACCUCAAACCCAAGAUCAAGGUCCUCGAUCCCAGCAGCAACAAUUUCAAAAACCAAGCCAAAGCCCAGCUGUACAGCAAGAACAAAAUUUAUCAAAGCCUCAGGAUGAAGCAACUACACCUAAAACAGAGAAACCUGAAAGUGUUAAUCAGGCUCCACAGAAUCAAGGACAAAGUAAAGAGCCUACCCCUUCUCAGGUGGAAGAAAAGCAGAAUCAAGUCUCAGCUGAGCAGCCUAGUCAGAAUGAUGAGAUUAAAGAAAGUCCUGAGGUUCCUAAGACACCUUUAACUCCGGAGGAAUUGGAGUAUCAGAAGAAAAUGGAACAGCAAAAAAAACUACGUGAAGAAAUGCUUGCUAAGAAAGAGGCUAGAAGAAAAGCCGCAGCACAAGUUAAAGCAUCUGAAAUGGCUAAAAAGAAAGCUGAGGAAGACAAAACCAAAGCAGUUGUUCCCGAGUCAAACAAAGCCCCUCAACAGAAUGUGGUGUCCGCACCUAAAGUGCUUGCUGUUCACAAAGAUAACCCUGCUAUCAACAGAGUACCACCAAACCAACAAAAUAAUGUUCCAGUUAAACAGAAGCUACAAAAUACUCCUAGCCAACAUCAAAAGCAAGGAUUUAGGAAAAUGGCUCACCAACAAAAUCAAGUCGGGCCCCGUCCACAAAUGAAUCAGCCCCAGCAAUUUCGUGGAGGUAUGGAUCAGCAUCAGAACAGAGGACAGCCACCAUCUCGGUAUGAUAACAUUCCUCGUUCCCAACAGCAGAAUAUGGCUCCUGAUUAUGGGCAUCCACAACACCCGCAAAGAAUGUAUUACUCACCUUCACAGGAUCGACCACCACAUCCACAAGGUCCUCCUUCUCAAAAUAUGCCUCCACCGCACCACCAGGGACCAUCUUCACAGCAUUCUAUGCCGCCACCACCUCACCCUCCUCCUCCUGUGGCUGCACAACCUCCUCCCCAUGGUCCUCCUUCCCAUGGCCCACCACCACCACCAGGUCCUCCACCUCAUGGGCCACCCCACCAACAUGGACCUCCCAUUCAAGGACCUCAUCAGCCGCCGCCACCUGAGCAUCAUCCGCCUCCUGACAUGCAUCGAAUGCCUCCUAUUCAGUCGGUGCAAAGGCCAACUCAUAAUAUAUUAAAUGCACCAAGACCAUCCCCUCAAGCUAUUUUAGGCCCUCCACCUGAAUUACCUCACAGACCAUUGAUCGAUCCUCGAGACUCUUUUACUUCUCACAGUGAUUAUUAUUCUUCUUCCCGAACUCCCUUGCCUUCUCAAGAUUAUUCUGGUAGUUACAGUGAAUCUAGUCGUUCUGGUUGGAGUGAUUAUCCUCAAUCGUACGAUAGUUAUCGGGACACUUACAAUGACCGAGAUGACUAUUAUCGCAGGGAGCCUAGAGACUCAUUUCAAGAUCCGAGAUAUCAGGACAACUAUAGAUAUGACUCCUAUGAUAGAGAGUAUGAUGAUCGUUACCGUGACAAUUAUUAUCGUGAUUCUUAUGCAUAUGAUCAGUAUCGUGAAGGAGAUUAUCGUUACCCUCAAGAUGGGCCUACACAUCCUGAUGACAGAGGGAUUGGGAUGAAGCCGCCUGCAGGUGGUCAUAUGGAUCAAAAUCCACAUCAUAUUCAGGUGAAACUUGUGGAAACCCCCCCAAAACCAGCCAUGACAAGUGUCCACACUCAAGUAGGACAGAAAAUUCAGACCAUCCAGCGGCAGCCGGUGACUAAUAUCCGUAAAACCUUGUACAGAAGGAUAACUAGAAAAAAUGCAAAGGGUGAAGUUAUCUCUGUGAAAAAGAUUCCAGUUGAUGAGCAUGGUGAACAGAUUGGUGAACCAAUUACUGAAUAUAUGAAAAGUGAUCUUGUAGAAAAUCAACAGUGCAUACCAGUUGUUAGUCAUCAACAAGUUCAGGAACAUGUUCCAGUAGUGAAAACCGUUCGCCAAAUUGUGAAAAAAGUCCCCAUAACUCAUCAGCACCAAGAUCAGCAGACACAAGUUCGACUGUUACGUCAAAACAAAAGGCAGCAACUGCAGCAAGGACAGCAAGCUAUAAAAGUUGUCAAGAGAACUGUUAUUGGUCCUAGUGAAAGUAUUUCUCAGACCAAGCAGACAACAAGAAGAGUUAUUGCGACAUCUCAGCCAAGCACAAGUGAAAAUGUGGGACAAUCUCCUGGACGACGUCGGGUAAUCACAACUGCAAAGUCAUUGAAUGAAACUGACCUUCCUACUGUUCAGCUUUGUGAUUUGCCAAGCAAUCUUCACUUGACUGAUAUAAAUAAGAUGGUAGCUGGGUCAGGGGUAGAAGCACCUUUGAAGGUCAGUUAUAUUCCAGGAUCAGGGGAAUGCUUUAUUUCAUUUCGGUCUGCUGAAAUUGCUGCCAAGUUUUACCAGAAAAUGAAUAGACGUAUGGUAAAUAUGUCAGUCAUUAAAGCUAACAUGUUAUGUUAGACAACCAGGUUGGACAUCUUGCACAAGUAAGCUAAAUUUUAAUUUUUUUCAUAUUGCUUAUGAAUGCAGUAUAUAGUAUAUUAAUGUUGAUUUUGCACCCUCUGUAAGGUGUAAAUGAAUGAACUUGGUUUGAGUACAUACAGUGUACUGUACUCUGCAUCUGUCCUUUAUCUUCGCUCAUGUUGUAGGCCUUUAGGAGAAGUUUUCUUCUUUGUCAAUAAUUUGCAUAUAUAAAAUUUGAACUUCUUUUUUCUGAUGAAUAUUAUGUAUGCUCAGUCUUAAUCAAAAUGCAUUGCUCAACAUUUUUAACAUCUAAAUUUAUUUGAGUACUUUUGUUUGUGUGGUAACAUUUUCAAGAUGAGAUGUGAUAUGAAAUACUAUUCAUUGAGGAAAAUCUUCAAAGUACAGCUUUACUGGAAAGAAUGUGAACUGAAGGAGUUCGUCAAGCAUUGGAAACACCACAAGGAUUUAGCUUUUAACUUGACAAUCAUCAAGAUCAGUGUGUUGUAUUUGUCAGAAGAAAUUUACAUUUUGUAUCCAUAUUUUCUAUUGAAAAAUAUUGUAGCAUCAUGAAAACUUUAGGAAAAUGGAAAUUGGCCAAGCUUUGAAUGGUUUAUGAUGAAACUUGGCAGUUUAAAUGAUAUAAAUCAGAUGUAAAUGAUUAUGGUUAACAGAUAUGAUAUACAUUUUUGUAUUGAAUGACAAAAUCAGUAACCUUUUAGCCUUGCACUUUCACUUUUUAUUUGAUUGCUUUAUUUGAUUGCAAUAUUCUCCACAAACUAGUAAUUUUGAAAAUAAUGUGUGUAAAAUAUGAAAAUAUAGUAUGUUGAAGGUUUGGUGUUGAAAGAUCACCAGAUUGUAAAAAUCAUGAAUAUUUUUUUUUAAUUAUGAAAAGUUAUGUUAAGCAGCUGCCAUUUACACUUGCAUUGCAUUGUUGGGUAUAUAUUCAUUCAUAUAAGUACUACAUCAUAUGAAAUACCAUACUGCCUUUACAGGAGGGCAUUGAAAAUCUUAAGGUGCAAAUAAUGAUGAUAACAUUAAAAGAUUUAUGUUGGCAGGGUACAGCAAGUUAUAUCUGUUAUUACUGUCAUUACUUGUGAAUAUUUCUGUAUGUAUAUGGAGGUCAGUAAUUUCUUCAUAACCUAUUUGCCCUCAUUUCACAUCUUCAGAAAGACUGGAAUAAUUGUUUGAUUUGAUCAAAUGCUUACUCUAUUUUAAAUUUUUUAAAGUCUGGUCUAUUGAAUUUAAGUUUUCAGGGAAAAAUACAUGUUAUUUCCUUUAUUUUUGGUAAAUUAAUAUCAUAGAUAAAGGAAAUUGUUUAAGGUUUGUUCAUAGGAUAUGGAAAAAUUCUGAUAAUCUUCAUGAUAUUGACUAAUGGUAACUGAAAGUCCAGAAGUGAUAUUUUCAGUAUUGGUCAUGUCAUUAUUUUUGAAGAUUUCUAAUUGACUGUUCAGGGGAGUGCAUUGAAAGGAUGUGCUGAAAUUCAUCACACUGGUGUUUUUUG